AUGAUUCUGAUUUGCAAAGGAGAUGAUGAAAAAUUUUAAUUUUUAGACCAAGAAUAAGAUGGAUUGUAAAUAAUAGUUGAUUUAAACUCAAUUGAAUAGCAAUUAGAUGAAGGAUAACAUGAAUAUUUGUAAAAAAUAUUUGAGUAAGUUACUUAAUCGAAUGAAUUUAAAGAGAUUGAUUAAGGAGUAAAAAGCCAAAUAGAAUGGGCAAAUUCUCUAGUCUAAAAUUAUUAAAAUAAUAACAACAAUGAAUAGAAAUAAUCAGAGCUAUAUAAUUAGUUAAAUACAGAAUUAAUUAACUAAAGAUAUCCAGAGGUUCAUUAAACAAAUAAAUUGUUAGACGAUAAUAUUUAAAAAAUUAAAGCUAGAGUCUAAUUAUUGCAACUUACAGAAUAAAGAAAUAUUUUGAAAGUAAUCAAAUUUUUAUAAUAAGACCUAAAGCCUUGAAAAAAAUACACAAAAAAUAAUUAUGUGUAAAUAAAAUAAAUUCGAAAAGGAGACUUAGAAGGAAAGAUAUUCUCGGAUCUAAAGAGAAUUAAUUGAUAAAAGAAAACAAGAAAUAUAAAAGCAAAGAGAAUUACAUUAAUAAAUUCUUGAUCAAAGCAAAGGGAAAUAAGGAAGAAUGUAUCAAUUAAAUUUAUGUAUAGUGUUUAAUAGAGAAUUUUAUAAACAAGAGAAUUUAAAACAAGAAUAUAAUAAGAUUUCCAUAAAACUAUUAGGCAAGUAGAAGCAUAAAAUUAGAAAUCAUAUUAAAGAAUCAAAAAGAUGGAAUAAAUUUAAACAGAAAAAAUAUAAAAAUUUUUAUUAGAUAAAUAAGUUUUUGCCUAAAAAAACUAUUAAAAAAAAGUUGAGGAUGAAUUCCAAGCUACAAUGUCAAAACAAGAUGAAUUAGAGUAAUUAGAAAAAUUAGAACAAUAAUUACUUGAAAGAAUCAAAGUCACUUAACAAAUGUAUUAAGAAAGCUCCUUACGUUUAGAAACAAUAAAAUAAUAGUCAUAUCGUUUAAUUGGUUAAAAUUAAUUAUGA